GCGGCCGCCGCCACCAUGGCCUCGCCGCGCGCCCCGCGGUGGCCGCCGCCGCUGCUGCUGCUGCUGCUACCGCUGCUGCUGCCACCGCCCGCCACCCCCAGGACGCGGGGCCCCCUUCCCUCCCCGGCCCACCGCGCGCUCCUCCCGGCCGCGGGGCCGCCUUCGCCGCCUGGCCCCGGACACACGGCCCCCGGGUCCGGCGGCGUCAUGACCCGGCGGGGACGUUCUGGCCGGGUCCCCAGAGACGCGAGCGCGGCCACCACAAGGAACCAUUGGACAGAAAGUAACAACACUGAACCCCACGCAGGAAACACCCCCUUUUAUCAGAGUCAAGGGGACCAUUCAGGUUCCAGAAAGGGAGUGACAGCUCAGACUGCCAGAAUGAGCCACAGUUCUUCAGGAGCCCCAGGAAGCCCCUCUUUCCUACCUGAGACAGGUGCCGAGGGGAGGGACAAGUCUUCCAGCCGAGCAAACGUCCCUGUUCUGCAUGCCGGGCGCUCGCCUGAGAUCACCACGGCCCUGACUGACCACGGCAGCUCCUCGUCCUUGGAGAGCUUCCCCCAGUCACCCGGCAGUUCCAGGUCAGAAGGAAGAACCACCGUUUCUCAAACCGAGAGUGGAGUAUCCCCAGACUUCCUGGAGAGGACCAGGGAGCUCCCAGAAGAAGGGACUGUGUACACACAAGUGGUUGGCAUGGGGAUGUCCAGCCAAGCCUCCCUUCCUGCCCUGGAAUCUGGGAAGCCAACCAUGCUUUUCCAGAAGAGAAAUUCAUCAGGCCAGGAGCACUCUGGGCUGCAAUUCUCUUGGACCCAGAGUCGACCACCUCCCUCAGACCAUCCCUCGUCUUCUGGAAGCAUAAAGGAUUUUAACAACUCCACUGCUCUCCAAAGCCCAUCAGUCACCCAGACAAAGAGUACACAUGUCACCAACACAUUCACUAAUGGUGUCCCAAGAAUGCUCCGGUCUUUGACUGUCAGUAUGGAACCUAUAAACGAGACAGAGAGCUUCCCUGAGCACUCCAGAAUUGCCAUAACUUCAGCCUCAGUCCAUUCUUUACCCUCUGUGGUUGACUCAAGGACAAACAGUGGACUAACUGAGAGUCUGGGAGAUGGAGAAGGCGUGGGGCCAUCUAUGGAAAACGGAUUUGGACUUCCAUCCAUGCCCUGGCAAAGUGACUCCCACACCUUUGGAGGACAUCAGCUUGCCAGCAGCUCGGAAGCAGGAAAUGGAAGUGCUGCGCCUCUGACUGAACUGGCGUUUAGGUCAGUUCCCUCCGUUGGUGGUGGUGAGCACACAGGACAAUGGUUCCCCAGCAAGAGCAAAACAUCUACAGCUCCAGCAGAAAGCUCUGCUUUGCAUCCAGAAGCUGGGAUCACUCGAACUUUGACUCAGUUCUCACACACUGCACCACAGCCCCAAGGUGGGAGCUCAGGGUUGGAUGGGAAGAGUUCCUCAGAGUCUUCAUCCACAUUUUCCUCGGAAAGUCUGGAUUCUGCAGCACCACGUGGAGGACACUCAACUCCGGAAGAUGGUGCCCUGCUGAGUGACAGCUUGGACCUGGCAGAGAGCACUUCCAUGGUGCGCGCCCCGCACACGUCUGCGAUGCUCACCCGGGGCGGGGAACGCACACUGCGGUCCCUCGGCCUCUCUCGUGCUGCGACCCACCCAGCGCGCCCCACUCCACGUGGGAAUGUGACGGAGCAUGCGGGCCUGCUGUCCCGGACAGCUACCCUCGGAGUCACGGGACUUAACGAUGGUCAAGAGCCCGCCUCAGACGCGGAACAGAGGACUUCCGGUGACCACACAGACCACGCCUAUGUUUCGUCUACUUUCACCAAAGGAGAACGGACAUUACUGUCCAUCACAGAAAACUCGUCCUCCUCAGACUCCAGCGAGAGCUCAACCUCUUAUAUUAGGAUCUCAGACCCUCCACGCUUGGACUUUUCUUCUUCUCAGGCUCAGACUAAAAGAAGUAACGUGUCCUCCUAUGAUGGCGAACCUGCUCAGUCUUCCACCGAGUCACUGGAUCUGCAUACAUCCCACCUUCCAUCCUAUACAUCCACCGUUAAUGUGCCAGACACCUUGGGUCUUGAUGCCAGCACUCAGUCUGUUGAGGACCCCUCUGAAGCGGCCCCUUCUCCUCUCCCCUCAGUGUUACAACCCCACCAGUUUCCAUCCACCUUACCAUCAACCGGGUCUCCCACACAGCAGCUGAAGUCUACCUCUGAGCCAGCCACACCUUCAACAUCCUCACCGUCACCUUUACCCAUCUCCUUCGUGGUGUCAACCUCUGCCCCACACUCUGUCCCACAAACGACCGUCCCACAUUCAUUGUCUCCCCUGAUCCCACACAGGGCAAGGGAGCCACGUGUAACUUCAGUCCAGAUGUCAACAGUGGUAUCCCCUGUAGUGGUGUUCCCCAGUAACCAGACAGCAGACCCCAAGAACCAGAGCACCCCACAGCAAGAGAAAACCGUCACGGAAGCAAAGUCACCAAGCCUGGUGUCUCUGCCCACGGACUCUACCAAACCAGUAACGAUGAGCCUUCCUCCAGGGACCCCUUGGUCCCCAGCCUUAAUGGGGUUCUCCACAGAGCCAGCCCUUCUAGCCACAAGCACCAGCUUAGCCCAGAUGUCUCCAGCUUUGACAUCUCCCAUUUCCCAGACUACUCACUCUCCUGUGACCAGUCCCAGCACCCUGUCAAGCACGGAAGCUUUGACCCCAGGUGCUGGGAUUGUGCCCACUACCCCUGAGGAACAGCACCUGCCAACCAAUCCUGACAUUCUAGUGCUGCACACCUCAACAGAACAGGCCGUCACCACAGAAGGGAACCGGGUGCAUAUGGAUCCUACCACUCACUCUGCCCCUCUGACCACCACUCCCACAUCAGCAGAAGAGACCACAAAGCUGGGCCAGGCAGAAGAGGCCAGCCUGGUUUCCCAUUUUCUCAGAACACCUUCACCUCAAACUACAGAUGUUUCUACAGCCGAAAUGUCGACUUCCGAAUAUACCACCUUCGCUGCUCAGAGCACCGCACAGUCACCAACAGCACUGUCACCUCCAGCCCCAGUCAACAGCUGUACCGCGAACCCCUGUCUUCAUGAUGGCGAAUGUAUCGUGGACCUCACCGGUCGUGGGUAUCGAUGUGUGUGCCCACCUGCCUGGCAAGGGGACAACUGCAGUGUGGAUGUGAAUGAGUGCCUCUCCAGCCCCUGCCCACCCCUAGCCACCUGCAACAAUACUCAGGGAUCCUUCAGCUGCAGAUGCCCAGUCGGGUAUCAGUUGGAGAAAGGAAUAUGCAAUCUGGUUAGAACCUUCGUGACUGAGUUUAAAUUAAAGAAGACUUUCCUCAACACUACCGUGGACAACCAUUCCGACACUCACGAGGUUGAGAAUGAGAUCGCUCACACGUUAAACUUGUGUUUUUCAACGUUGCCUGGUUAUAUCCGAUCUACAGUUGCUGUGUCUAGAGAGCCCAAUACAGUGGUGAUCUCACUACAAUCCACUUUUGCCCUGGCCUCCAAUGUGACGCUGUUUGACCUGGCUGAUGGGAUCCAGAAAUAUGUCAAUUCCUGCAGGUCCUCUGCUGAAGUUUGCCAGCUCUUGGGGUCUCAGAGGCGGAUCUUUAGAGCGGGCAGCUUGUGCAAGCGGAAGAGCCCGGAGUGCGACAGAGAGACCUCCGUCUGCACCGACCUGGAUGGCGUCGCCCUGUGUCAGUGCAAGUCCGGCUACUUUCAGUUCAACAAGAUGGAUCACUCUUGCAGAGCAUGUGAAGAUGGAUAUAGGCUUGAAAACGAAACCUGUAUGAGUUGCCCAUUCGGCCUUGGUGGUCUCAACUGUGGAAACCCCUACCAGCUCAUCACUGUGGUGAUAGCAGCCGCAGGAGGUGGCCUUCUUCUCAUCCUGGGCAUCGCACUGAUUGUCACCUGUUGCAGAAAGAGUAAAAAUGACAUAAGUAAGCUCAUCUUCAAAAGCGGGGACUUCCAAAUGUCCCCGUACGCCGAGUACCCCAAGAAUCCUCGCUCACAAGAAUGGGGCCGAGAAGCCAUUGAAAUGCACGAGAACGGGAGCACCAAAAACCUUCUGCAGAUGACAGACGUGUACUACUCGCCCACAAGCGUAAGGAACCCUGAACUUGAACGCAACGGACUCUACCCAGCCUACACUGGACUGCCCGGAUCAAGGCACUCCUGCAUUUUCCCGGGACAGUAUAACCCGUCUUUCAUCAGCGAUGAGAGCAGAAGGAGAGACUACUUCUGAGUCCAGGAGAGAGAGGGGCCGUUUCUCUGAGCCACUUCCCCAGCCCUCUGGCUCAGAGGCCUGCACCGAAAGGGAGCGCCAUGUCCUGGCUGCCCCUAGGACUUGUCAGAGCCACACUCGAGGGGCAUGACCACAGUGGAAGGUGACAGAUGGAAUGCGGAACUGCAGGCCACUCAUUCAGCACUGGUGUUACUGUGAACAUGAACGUGGGCCAGUACCGAGUCUCCGCACGUCUGGCGCGUAGAACUGGCUGACUUCCACAGGAGACUACUAGGCAUCGUUUCCAGGACCCAGUUCCCCCUUAAUUUGCACUUUAAUAGAUUGGGCAGGGAGGUUUCAUUUUUGACUCAUUUCCAGACUAUUCCAGAAAGCCUUCCUUUUCUAGGAUCCUUCUGCAGGCCUCAGCGUGGUGAUUGAUUGACAGUCAGGUGCUGGCACUUUGGUUUCCCUGCCUGGUGCCUUGUGCUGCACACCAGAUGGAGGUAAACAUACCACUCUGGUCUAGUGAUGCAGCAGUCAGGGGCAUAGUAUUUUAAGGUUUCUAGGUUGCCUGAGCUCAUUUCCAAGCUAACGCCCCAAACGAGAACUUGACCUUUGCAAGGCGAGAACACACACCUUCCAUUUGUGUUGUAAGUCGAGGUGAUACAUUGGCUUAGGAUUUAUUCAUUUUACUUCUCCAAACAAGAAUGAAUCAGGGCAAAAGAACUUCCAUUUGGUUUUCAUUAGAAGUAUCCAGCUGCCCCUCGGUAAGUCCUGGCAGGCAGUAUCAGGCUGGUCCUCCAUGUGGAAGGGUGUUUUUGAUUCAUGCAGGAGUCGCAUGGGGCCUGGGACUGUGACGCCAGAGUCUGCAGUUGUAGUAGGAAAGGGAGAGGCGAUCGCAGGUGCAUCUCAGCUAGCGUCUCACCACUGAAGGAUAGAGCAGCCUGCUGUGGUCCCCACAGCAGAAUGGGACAGAGGAAUGGACUGGAUAACAGGAGUAUUUCCUGCAUCACCAAGUCUUUUGAAAAGCUGGGGGGGAUUCCCCGAGGAAGAAUAGGGAGCCACAGGUAAGGGUGUGUGCCUGCUAAUCUUUGAACCCAGAAUGUUGUCCACAAACUCACGGAAACUUUGGACCACUCAAAGCCAUUUACUCACCGAAGAGAGAACUUGGCCAUUUCUCUCGGCCGGCCAUCAAUAUGUCUGUGUCCUUGUGCAGUGCCCCCUCGAGACUCAGUUAUGGUCCAGGUCAGCUUUGGAGAACCAAAGCUUGGCCGGCUAGGGGCCUGAGAGCUUGCUUUCGGGGAAAGAGUUCUGUGUCUUGUUUAUUGCACUGUGGUGGGGUCCCGUUGUGUGUGGGGGGUGGGUGGGCUCUGUCCCCUGUGGAACUACAUUUAUCAACUUGUGGAAUAUUGGAAUAUCCUGGUUUUGGAUGAGUGAAGAGGGCGAAGUGUUUCCCCAAUCUGAAGCUGGGAAUUCCGUGGCAUAUCUUUCUGGAAAUGGGGCAGCUGUUGGAGAUGGAUCUGUGUGUGUUUAUGUGGGGUUCUCUGGUUCCUCCAAAUUUUGUGCAGGUCCCCAUCCUGUUUUAAGUGUGAGCUGUGCCUCGUGGUCUCCACCGCUCAGGACCACUAGUCAGGUGCAGUGGAUUUUAGCCAUCAGAACGCACUCAUUAGUACAGGGAGAAUUCUGUUGCUGUUAGUUGAUGCUAACUUAAAGUUGCAAAGCAGCCCUCAAGGAGCCAUGGGUCUUGCCCCUAGCUCACUGUGGAACUGGUGGCUCCUUGUAUCUUUGUGAGCUCCUGUGCUCGGCUUGCCUGAGCCCAGAUCCCUUGUGAGGUAGCCUGGUUCCAGCCCUUCCCUCAAUGUCCCUGUUUGUCCCCAGCCUCACUGCUGUGAGAAGAGCCAUUGUGGCGGCUGUUCCCACACACACUUCUCAUGCCUUCAGCUGGCGUCACAGCUGCUGAGCACCUGUUUAGGGGGCCAGAAGCCUCAAGCCCCACACAAUGAAAAUUCCCAGAAAAAUUCCUGGGAAGAAUCCCAGUGUCCAGAAAAAGUGUCCUGUGAGUUCCAAAAAUGCUUACUGACUCAUGAGUUUGGUCCAAAUAGAGUCGAUUAAGAGUGUUUCAUUUCUUUCUUUUUUACUGUGAAAAAAAUGAGAGCGCCAAGCAAGGGUGAAUUCAUACUGAGUCUACCGUUUCACGGUGUGUGUGUGGGGGGGGGGGGGCUUGAGAUAGAAAGGCUUGGAGCGUUUGUAUAAGAGACAUAACUUACCUGGGACUCUCUGCCCACCAUUGGAAGGAAUGGGGUGACUGGGUGCUCUACUACUUGGGGUUACAUCCAGAUGGAGCCUGGAGAUAGGACGUCAGCAGGCCAUGUGCAGGACAGACAGGAUGAACCCGUGCCUAGACGUGCAGAGUCUCUGCUGGACAGAAGUGCUCAGAGUCAGUCCCCAUUACCUAGAAUGCAUAAUUCAUGUGCACGGACGUGUUACAGUCCUGCAUUGGGGUCCCAGGGUGAAGGAAGUGGGGAGAAGGGAAAAGGUACACUGCUUAGGAAAUGCUUGUGUACAAAAGAGCCAGGCCAGGCAGAACUUAUCUAUCCUGAGGGGUUCAGGAACAGGAAAGAAAGGGGGGUUUCCUGAAUCCAACCUGAGCUCUGUGUAAAUGCCAAAAGGUGUCUCUCUCUCUCUCUCUCUCUCUCUCUCUCUCUCUCUCUCUCUCUCUCUCUCCCCCUCCCUCUCUCUCCCCCCACCCCCCACACACAAGGCACCUCAUGACACUGGAGCUUAUCUCUUAAGAGGAUAAAUAGCAUCAUGUGUUCCCACCAUGCACCAGGCUCUAUGCGAGAUGUUUGGCCUUACCUGUGUUAGUGGAUGAUGAGCAUUCAGAGAGGAGCCCGGGAAUGUAGCUUAGAUGGCAGAGUGCUUGCCUAGCAUGUACAAGCCCUGGGUUUGAGCCUCAGCACCGAAUAAACUGGGCAUAGUGGUAUACUCCUGUAACCCCAGCCCUCAGGGGUCGAGGCCAGAGGAUCAGGACGUCAAGGGUUUCCUGGAGCACAUGACAGCUGUCUCAAAACGGAAAAUAUUGACUGGUUAGUAGUUGGCAAGAAGUAUAAUGGUAUGUAGCUUGGGCUGCUAGAAGUGAAAGGAAGUGGUCUGGGUGGGUUUUUGACAAGCACAAUCAGGCUGAGGUGCCCAUUUGAGGGCUUCCUGCUUGACUCUCAAAGUGAGGCCAUGGCUCCCACAUAUUAGAUGUGUGAAGCUUGGAACAUAGUUGAAUGUCCGGGAUGCUGAAGGGAUCUUCCUUAUUGGGGAGGUUAUUUUUAGAAGCAUCUAAGUGGAGUUGAACCAGAACUGUUGUAUGAUUGGUGCAGUCAAGCUGCCUCGUGGCAUUGGAGGUCAAAGAUGACAGUUAUGCUCUGAAAGAGGAAGUCGUAAAAGCUGGCCCGUAGGAGAGAGCAGCAUUGUUGGAAGGAGACUGGCUGCCCACCAAGAGUGAAGUCUUCAAAGAUGCUGUCUACUCAAGUGUGAGGUUCCCGAGUGGGCACACUAGGGUUACCCCUGGCACAUGGCUUUGGGUGCUUCCUUAAGCCACCUUGCCCAGUAGUGACGUGCCGGGGUCUCUGUAACUAUAGGACUUGGCCUAACGCAGUAAAGCUAUACAGCCAAGUCACCCUUGGCUAAGUGUCCCAUAGUACACUCAAAACUAGGGGCUUUACCCAUAGUUCUAAAUUUAUAUUGAUUUGCCUUUCGAGACCAAAACAAUGCAAAGUUCUGUAUUUUAGUAUUUUAUUUAAAACGGCCUGUAAUAACAGAGAUAGUCAUCUACCUGUCUACCUGAAUGCUUUUUUUUUUUUUAGAAAAGGACAUGCACAUCCCUCUUUUCUCUUCCUUCUUCCUCCUCUUCCUUCCUUCUCUUCCUCUUCCUCCUCACCCUCAUCCUCCUCAUCCUUUUCAUCAUCCUCCUUCUCCUCUGGAGGGCAGGACCAGGAAUGGAACCCAGGCUUGCACGUACAGGCAAGUGCUAUGCUGUACUGCGGAGCUGAAUCACACCCCAGCCCUGUCUCUUCUUCCUUUCAGUAUUGUUUUAAAGGGCUCACCAGCAUGUUGGGAGACAGAAAUGGUCUUGUAGUUUGUCGUUGGGGAUGCAUGUUCUUUCUUUUCUCAAAUCCCAAUGGGAGGAAAAAACAAUAGGAACAUUGAAGUUAAAACAAUAACUUUAAACUUUUUUAAAUAACUGGUUAAGAUAAUAGGAACAUUGAAGUAUUAAAUGCCAGUCAGUUCCUUGUACUGAAGUGUCUCUGCGAGGUUACAUUCCUUUAUGUCUGGUGGAAACUUUAGCCAACAGAAUAGCCUGUGCAAUCAAAGAGAGCCCUUGAGGUAUGAAAAGAGGCAGGUCCUGGACUGCACCUGUCAUGUGGGCAUUUUCAAAGAGGGCAUUUCCAAGGGGCUGCCUGGUAGAUUCGGCUAUAAUUUUAAAUGACGGGCUUGAUGACCUUGUCCUGAGUCAUUGAGGAUGAGGUGAGGAUAGGGGUGGGGUGGAAUCGGUUUGUCAGGGGAACUGAACCCACUCGCUUAAUCUUUGGGCAUUACCUAGGCCUGUUCUACAGAGAAAAUGACUGUUUCACCACAAGUUGCUGUGAGUUUUGGUGAUGUGUGUGUGUGUGUGGCUGGCCUUGAGGUUCAAUGGAGAUGAAGCUGCAAUACGAACUCCAUUCCCGUUGUCCUGGAUUUUGUUCUGUACUCCUUGAAACUGACUGUGUGAAACCUAUCAGAGAAUGUUAUUUAAAGUUGUAUUAUAAUGUCGCCUCCACUAAUUAUUCAGUACUGUAGCAGCAAAGUAUUAUUUGUAAGAAUUCGGUUAUUUUUAUACUUAUAUCCACUCUUAAGUCUGGCGUUCUAGUCAGCAAAAAAUGAUGCAAUAAAAUUAAUAUCAUUCCCA